GGAGGGGACGACCACAGACUGAAGUUAUAGGGGACCACACGGCGGAAGACUACUCUGCGUCCCCUGAGAGCUUUGGUAGCUCAGCGAAUUUAUUGGCUGUAGGUUUCGAAAUCUGUCGUGCUAAGAGGUGAUGCUGGGGGUUGCUGGAAUGACGGGCAGCAUUGCUAAUGCCCUGGCCACUGCGGCCUGUGAGAGAUGUAAGAGUGGCUUUGCCGCAACUGAAAAGAUUGUCAAUAGUAAUGGAGAGCUGUACCAUGAGCAGUGCUUUGUGUGUGCCCAGUGUUUCCAGCAGUUUCCAGAGGGACUCUUCUACGAGUUUGAAGGAAGAAAAUAUUGUGAACAUGACUUUCAGAUGCUGUUUGCCCCUUGCUGUCACCAGUGUGGGGAGUUCAUCAUUGGUCGUGUCAUUAAGGCCAUGAACAAUAGUUGGCACCCUGACUGCUUCUGCUGUGACAUUUGCCAGGCUGUGCUUGCAGACGUGGGGUUUGUCAAAAAUGCUGGCAGGCACCUGUGUCGCCCAUGCCAUAACCGCGAGAAAGCUCGUGGCCUGGGCAAGUACAUCUGUCAGAAGUGCCAUGCCAUCAUUGAAGAGCAGCCACUGAUCUUUAAGAAUGACCCCUAUCACCCAGACCACUUCAACUGCAGCAAUUGUGGGAAGGAAUUGACAGCUGAAGCCAGGGAACUGAAGGGAGAGCUCUUCUGUUUGCCCUGCCAUGACAAGAUGGGUGUACCGAUCUGUGGAGCCUGUAGGAGACCCAUCGAGGGGCGUGUUGUAAAUGCCAUGGGCAAGCAGUGGCAUGUAGAGCAUUUUGUGUGUGCCAAGUGUGAGAAGCCUUUCCUUGGUCAUCGCCAUUACGAGAGGAAGGGAUUGGCUUACUGUGAGACUCAUUAUAACCAGCUCUUCGGCGAUGUGUGCUAUCACUGCAACCGUGUGAUUGAAGGCGAUGUGGUGUCUGCUCUCAACAAGGCUUGGUGUGUCAGCUGUUUCUCGUGCUCCACCUGCAACACAAAACUCACUCUGAAGAACAAGUUUGUUGAGUUUGACAUGAAGCCUGUUUGUAAAAAGUGUUAUGAAAAGUUUCCUCUGGAGCUGAAGAAAAGGCUCAAGAAGCUGGCUGAGUCCUUGGGACGCAAGUGAGCUGCUUCCGACCAAACAGCCUGGAUGUAUUCCUGCUGUGUCUGUGAUGGUAAAAUACAGGAAAGGAGAACUGCUGCAUUAGGACCCAGCAUUAUACCGGUAAUUUAAAUCUGGGAUCUAUUUAAAAAUUAUAAAAAUAUAUCACUGUGGUGUUAUAGUAAUGGUGCCUGUUAGAAGAUGUCUUGCUGUUUUUUAAGCAAAUGUUUCUUUUUUAAAUACAUUCCUAAAUUGUCCAAAUUUGUUAUUUUGUCCUAGACAACAUUUUUAUUAUGACUUUACCAUGAACAUAUUUGCAAACUGCUAUAUCUAAAACUGUCUUGAAUUUGAAAAUAUUGUUGUGUGUAAUUCAAAAUAAUUCCACACAUGUGCCUUGAUUAUAUGAAGUAUGUGUCUUAAUAUGCAAAUAAUGGUCAAAAUGUAACUUUCAUACAGUUAUGCCUUAGUAAAGCUUAUUCAGACAAAGUAUCUACUAGAAGCAGAAUUUUACUUGACUUCCCUCCUUUUGAGCUUUUAUAACUUGUAAAGCAAACACUGUGAUCUUUGAUUUGUAAUGAUGUCUCUUGUUCUUGCUAACAUGAAAACAUAAUAAUGAAUCCACCCAUGACAUGUUUAUUCUGCAUCGUUUCGGGCCGAACAACGCCCCUUAACUGUGAUAUAAGAAGCGUAUACCACGGCCUGUUGUGAGAUAUUGCUUAAACAUUUCAAGUGGCGAGUUUAAACUCUUGAACUUUUAAUUUCUACUGCCUCGUUCUGUCACUUUUCUAUCAGCCUGGCUCAAAAAUAUACCACAGGGGAAUAUUUUAUUCAGAGAAUUUCUCCGUGACUGUUGAUUAGUCCAAUUGGCCCAGUGUUUGAACAGUAAACGUGAUUGAACACUGAAAGAUCAGAGGGCGCUACUAUUAUUAGAACAACUACAAAGUCAGAGUCUGUCUGUUAAAAUCUCCUGUUGGUGUUAAGACCUUCACUAUGUACUGUAUGCUUUUGGUAUGUGCGGUAGUGUAAUGGUAUUGCUUGUACUGUAAAUGCCUGGGGAUUGUUAGUGUUAUAUUUUUAGCCAAAUUAACGUUCAAAGGAAUACAGAUGAAAUGAACCUUAUUUAACAUGAGAACACUUUGAUGUUAAAAUAUCAUUAAUGAGUCAGCACAUUGCUUGGGCUGUUUGCAAACUAGUAAAGUACCACACAACACAUUUUAUUUAUUUGCUUGAAUGAACAUUUUAUUUUUUUAAUGGGACAUUUGCAUAUACAUUUCAUUUGCCAGAGUUUACAUUUUAUUGAUUUGCAUGAAAUGGAGAAUUAUGCUUUACUGCAGCAAAUGUUCUGCUUAAUGAUCAAUAAAGUAUCCCUAAACUCA